AUGCCAUUAAAUAAUAUAGAUAUUGUUUCAUCACCAUCACCACAAACACCAGGAAGUGAUGAUUAUUUAACACCUAAUGAACAUUUAUCAUUAACAAGUGCAAGAACUUCAUCAAACAAGGAAUAUAAUACUGUACCACAACCAUCUCUUCCUAGUUCUUCAUGGAUAAGUUUACGUAAUCAAAUGAAAAUGCUUGUACCAAAAUCGAUUCUUUUAUGUACAACUUAUUCAUGA